AUGAGCACAGAAACACAGAAUCAAGCGACCAAUCCGCCGACACUGGAUCCCGCAGCACUCCUCGAUCAACGCUUCUGCGAUGCGAUCCGAGCCGUGAUUCCCGAUAUUCCUGACGAUCAGGUGAUGGCGCACAUCGGUCCAUCGCGCCAACCCAAGCUCGGAGAUUUCCAGUCCAACUGCGCGAUGCCGAUCGCGAAGCGCCACGGCAUGAAGCCGCGAGAACUCGCGAGCAAGAUCGUCGAAGCGAUCGAUGUCACAGGGAUCGCUCAACCACUGACAGAGGAGUCAAUCGCGGGACCCGGAUUCAUCAAUGUCUCGUUGCUCCCUGAAGCGAUGGACACAGCGCUCCAGGCACUCGAUACCGAUCAACUCGGGAUCGAAGCACCUCCAAAACCCCAAACCAUCGUGGUCGAUGUCUGCGGCGUGAACCUCGCGAAGCAGAUGCAUGUGGGACACCUACGCUCAACAGUCAUCGGCGACGCGAUCGCGAAGCUUCAGGAGCGACUGGGUCAUGUCGUCAAGCGCCAGAGCCAUGUCGGGGAUUGGGGACUCCCGAUCGCGAUGGUCGUCGAGCGGCUUAUCGAGCUCGAAGACUCUGGAACGGAUCUAAGCACGAUCACGCUUGAUCAGUUGAAUAUGGAAUACAAAGCCGCACAAGCGAAGUGUAAAGCGGAACGCAAGGCGCUGGAGAUCAUCACGAAGGUCGGCGGACAUGCGAAAGCGGAGAUCGAACUCGAGGCACGCAUCGCGGACGCGGACGAAGCGAUGGAACGCGCCAAGUCGCGUUUGGUGACGCUGCAAGCUGGAGAUGAGCGAUCGGUCGCCGUGUGGCAGCGGAUCUACGACAUCACGAUGGGCGCGUGUCUCGCGACCUGUGAGCGUUUACAUGCAAACAUCACGGAUGAGCACAGCGCGGGAGAGUCCACCUAUCGCGAUGAACUCGGACCGCUGGUUGAUGACCUGAUCUCGCGUGGGAUCGCGGAAGAAGACGACGGGGCGCUGGUUGUGCGUGUCGAUGGGAUCAAAGAGCCGACGAUUAUCCGCAAACGCGAUGGCGGAUUCCUCUACGCGACCACAGACCUCGCGGCGAUCAAGCGCCGUGCUGGAACGCUUGGGGGUGACGAACUGGUCUACUGCGUUGAUGCGCGUCAGUCGCUGCACUUCAAGCAGGUUUUCGGCGCCGCGCACAAAGCGGGGUAUGACAUCAAUCCGUCGGGGAAAGCCGCGACGAUGACGCACGCCGCGUUCGGGAAUGUGCUUGGAGAGGACAACAAACCACUCAAGACGCGCUCGGGCGAGAAUGUCCGCUUGACGGAUCUGCUCGAUGAAGCGGAGCAACGAGCGAAGACAGAGGUCGAUGCACGCUCGAAGGAUCUGAGCGAAGAUGAACGCUCCAAAACCGCAUCCGCGAUCGCGAUGGCGGCGGUGAAAUACGCAGACCUCUCCACUGAACGCAUCCGCGACUAUGUCUUCUCCUUCGAUCGGAUGAUGGCGUUUGAGGGUGAUACAGGGCCAUAUGUGCUCUACUCAAUCGCUCGCAUCCGCUCCAUGUUCCGCAAAGCGGAGGAGAAAGGCGUGGAUAUCAACACCGCUUCGAGCGCCGAGUUCUCACUGAGUGAGCCCGCAGAACGCUCGAUGGCGCUGAUGGUGCUUCGCUACCCAACUGUCGUCAAUGCUGCUGCAACCAACUAUGAGCCCCACCGACUGUGCGGAUACCUUUUUGAGCUUGCAUCGCUGUUCUCCAAGUUCUAUGAGCAGUGUCCCGUGCUCAAGGACGGCGUGGAUGACUCCACAAGAGAUGGUCGCUUGCGCCUAAGCAUGCUCGCGCUGCGCGUCCUCGAAGACGGCUGCGCCACGCUUGGGAUCCCCACUGUUGAGCGCAUGUAA